GCCCCAAGGCCCAGCCGUACCGUCCAGGGGGCGAGUUGCAUUCUGGUUCCCUUGCGAGUCCAGCGUGUGGAGAGCGUUGUCCCGUCCACCCGCCGCCGGCACCCUGCCGUCAUGAACCGCGACAAUUUCGCGGCGGGCGAGCGGCUGGUGUCACCGGCGUACGUGCGGCAGGGCUGCGAGGCCCGCCGCUCGCAUGAGCACCUCAUACGGCAGCUUCUGGAGAAGGGCAAGUGUCCUGAGGAUGGUUGGGAUGAAAGUACACUUGAACUCUUUUUACACGAACUUGCCAUCAUGGAUAGCAACAAUUUCUUGGGCAAUUGUGGUGUGGGAGAAAGGGAAGGGAGAGUGGCAUCUGCCUUAGUUGCACGUCGUCAUUACAGGUUCAUUCAUGGAAUUGGACGAUCUGGUGAUAUUUCUGCUGUACAACCAAAAGCGGCAGGCUCUAGCCUUUUAAACAAAAUUACCAAUUCUUUGGUCCUGGACAUCAUAAAAUUGGCUGGUGUCCAUUCCGUGACCAGUUGUUUUGUAGUGCCCAUGGCAACUGGUAUGAGUCUAACCUUGUGUUUCUUAACAUUACGACACAAAAGACCAAUGGCAAAGUACAUCAUCUGGCCACGCAUAGACCAGAAGUCCUGCUUUAAGUCCAUGAUCACUGCAGGUUUUGAGCCUGUGGUGAUAGAAAAUGUUUUGGAAGGUGACGAACUCCGCACAGACCUAGAAGCUGUGGAGGCUAAAGUCCUGGAACUGGAGCCUGAAAAUAUUCUGUGUAUUCAUUCUACUACGUCAUGUUUUGCUCCAAGGGGGCCUGACAGAUUGGAAGAACUGUCUGCGAUUUGUGCUAAUUAUGACAUUCCACAUAUAGUCAACAAUGCUUACGGAGUACAGUCUUCCAAGUGCAUGCAUCUCAUUCAGCAGGGGGCUCGGAUUGGUAGAAUAGAUGCUUUCGUUCAGAGCUUGGACAAAAAUUUUAUGGUUCCAGUAGGUGGUGCUAUAAUUGCUGGCUUUAAUGAGUCCUUUAUUCAGGAAAUCAGCAAGAUGUAUCCAGGAAGAGCUUCAGCUUCACCUUCCUUAGAUGUCCUUAUUACUUUAUUAUCACUUGGAUCAAAUGGGUAUAAGAAACUGUUAAAGGAAAGAAAGGAAAUGUUUUCAUAUUUGUCCAUCCAACUAAAGAAGGUAUCAGAAGCCUACAAUGAAAGACUAUUGCAGACACCUCACAAUCCCAUAUCGUUAGCUGUGACACUUAAGGCACUAGAUGAGCAUCAUGACAAGGCUGUCACUCGUCUUGGCUCAAUGCUUUUUACUAGACAGGUUUCUGGAGCCAGGGUCGUGCCUCUUGGAUCUGUGCAAGUUGUGAGUGGCCACACGUUCAGAGGCUUUAUGUCUCAUGCAAAUAAGUACCCUUGUGCUUACCUCAAUGCUGCAGCAGCCAUUGGAAUGAAGACGAAGGACGUGGACUUGUUCAUAAAGAAACUUGACAAGUGUUUAAAGACAAUAAGAAAAGAACUAAAUGAAGAGAGCAUUGUAUCUGGAGUUGAGAGUUAUGAUGAAACGGAAGAUGUAGAUAGUGAAGAAAUGGCUCUAAAACUAGAUACUGUUGUUCUUGACACACACCAGGACACUUCCUCAUGACAUGUGAAGGGUUUCUUUUGUUAGUCUGAAAGAAAAGAUGACGCUACAGUACAAACAAGCAGUUUAAAGACCAGACUUGAAAAAGUUUUGAAUUGAGAUUUUUACAAAGAUAUUCAGCCAAAGAGCAUACUGGUCUGAGGUAGCCACUAGUGAUUGCUAUGUUUCUUUAUUAGACUGCCUCAAUCCUUAUGACCCUUAACAGGUUAUAAUGUACAAUUAGCAUUUUUUAAUUGUUAAUCAUCACAAUUCAGGUAAUUCUUAAUAAUAUAAUGACUGUAAAAUUAUGUCAGAUUCUCUUUGAAAUGCAGAGUGCUUCUUCUUAACCAUUCUCUUAACAUUCAUAAAUCACAUUUCCCAUCACACAGAAUUUGGAAAGAUCUCUAGUGCUGCUUAUAACUGGAUAUUUGAUCAGGUGUCUCAGUGUACCUGUAGAAGGGACAUUCCCCAAAGAAGCAGAGCCAUGUAAUAAACUUUUAAUUUAGACUUCAGAGCAGUGGCUCUCAAAUGGGGCUGAUUUGCUUGUUUCUAAGCAACAGCUACCCCAACUGGUAGACUGCUGUUGACAGCUAAUGGGUAGAGCCAGGGGUGCUGCUCAACAUCUUGUAGCCCAAGCGUUAUGCAGCCCAGAGCAACAGUUCUGCUGAGGUUGAGGGACGCUGCUCUGAUGUAAAUGAAUUCCUCAAGGAAAGAGAGGUUCACCACAGCAGCCAAUUGUUCACUGCUGUUGGGUGCUGUGUUAUGAUGCUUUGUCAGUGGUGGACUGCUUGUAAUACGGUGGGCCCAGGUUGCAUCACCUAUGUGGUGACAUCUUGGUUUGUUUAAGUACAUGCUAUGCCGUUCACACAAGUACAAAAUCAGCUAAUUCCCACACUUCUCAGAACUUGUCUAUUCAGCAACUUGUGACUAUUCUUCAAGAAAGAUAGCUGUAAAUGUUAUCAAACUAUUCUGUGUAGAGAAUCUUAGCAAUAACCAGGACCACUGAUUCUAGGUAUGUUAUUAUAACUUGUUUAGAUGGCACUGGUAUAUUUUUCCAUUAGGUGAGUGAAAACCGUAUUCCACUUACUGUUUUUGCUUUAUGCAGCCUUUCUGUAUGGGUUUAUUUGCUCAGGUGUUGCACAUAGACACUAUCAGGAUUGGCUAACCUGGUUUUUUUUUUUAAAUAUAUUUUUGCUAAGGUGGUGAAAAUGAUGUAGGAUGAUAAACAGAUGCAUUAUUCUUUGU